GAGUACAAGAUGGAGAUAGAUGACCUCUCCAGCAACAUGGAGUCUGUUGCUAAAGCAAAGGCCAAUCUGGAGAAAAUGUGCCGAACUCUUGAAGAUCAACUGAGUGAAAUCAAGUCCAAAAAUGAUGAAAAUGUCCGUCAGCUGAAUGACUUGAGUGCACAGAGGGCAAGACUGCAGACAGAGAACGGUGAGUUCACUCGUCAAAUUGAGGAGAAGGAAGCUCUUAUUUCCCAGCUGACCAGAGGCAAACAGGCUUACACUCAGCAGAUUGAGGAGCUCAAGAGACAUAUUGAGGAGGAAGUGAAGGCCAAGAAUGCCCUGGCCCAUGCUGUUCAGUCAUCGCGCCAUGACUGUGAUCUGCUCAGGGAGCAGUUUGAGGAGGAGCAGGAGGCCAAGGCUGAGCUGCAGAGAGGAAUGUCCAAGGCCAACAGCGAGGUGGCUCAGUGGAGAACAAAAUAUGAGACUGAUGCUAUUCAGCGCACUGAGGAGCUGGAGGAGGCCAA